UUCAAGUCAGUGUGUUUACCUCCACCUCUAAAACACACGUGUGAGAAACAGGCAUUUCAACUCGUAUUAUAGCCAAAUUACGUUUUAAUUAAUCGAACUUUAAAAUCAGGUUUCGAGGUUGGGGGAUUUUGGCGUAGGCAUUGCCAACUUUCCGUCCAUCCCAAAAAUUUAAAAUAUAAAACCGAAAGUUUCACGUGCUAUUUAAUACAGUCGUCAAACGAAACUGGUACUCUGCAUAAGAACAAUGCAGAUUUGGCUCGCAGCAGUGGCGGUCCUUACUGUCUGCAUCGCAGAUAGUGAAGGGUUGAUGCCAGGCAGUAGCCUGAGAUGUCUUUGUUAUGAAAGGAAGAACAACAUCAGGCUACACCAAAUAAAGACAGUGACCAUUUACCCAAAAACUCAGUACUGCGACAAUAUUGAGAUCAUUGCUAUCUUAAAAAAUGGACAGAAAGUUUGCCUUAAUGAAAACUCAAAAAAGGUGAUGAAGAAAAUUGAAAAGUUUGGUCAAAAGAGCUUCCCUAAAAAACAGCACCUUCACAAGAUGCAUGGAAAUAAACGCAAGCAUUGGCAGAAAAGAAACAAAGGAAGAAAAAACAAACAAUAAACAGUGAAGAGGUGCUCUGACUCUUCAUAACUUGCAUGCUUUUGCUCAUAGUGCUUUAAUACAUUUUUAUUGUAUCAAUGUAAUCGAUUUAUAAUACAGUACACUUUUAUGUAUUAGAAAUACUUGAUUUUGAUUGGGAUAUAAAGCUUUAAUAUACAUGAUAAUUACAACCUUAAAAUCAUAAACUUAAAUCGUACAAAAAGCCUUUGAUUUCUACAGUGUGUUUGUAAUAUUAGAAUUUUUUAAUCUUACAGUUACAUUCACACACAUUACUUUUAUAUAAUGAAUGUUUUCAAUUUAACCUACCUUUAAAAAGUUGUUCUUUAAAAUCACAAAAGCUUUUAUGUAGGGCAAUUGCUAAGCAUUAAUAAAGCGGAAAAUAUAACUGG